GUUGAAUAUUCGCAAACAUAACCUCCGCAGACGAGGUCCUCUCCAUUGUCGCUGCGGCCUUCUAUACAGCCAUCCUUGGCUCCGGUUCCUCUAGUCUCACUGGCGCCUCUAUCUCGUUAUAAUUUUCUUCUGCACAAUUCGCGUGGUCGCCUACAUUACAAGGACAUAUGUCGAUUCCGGUUCCGUCGAGUACGGCACUCAUGCCUAUAUCUCACUCAUGACCAUUACGCAGGUCUUCCUUUCCGUUGGCCACAUCGUCGUUUUCCUUCUCCUGGUCUGGCUUUACCGAUCAAUCCUGCCCAGACUCCGUGUCCAGACCGGUGAGGACCGCGACAAGUUUGAGCGUACGCUCGUCGACCAUACACGAUUGCUCCUGCUGCCAGUUGCUCCUUGUGUGAUCGUCGGAGCAAUCUUUGCAGAGGCGCAGACGAUCGAGCUCUGGAGAAGUUCCACGAGACACUCUAUGAUCCAAGGCGUGUCCAGCCGGAUAACUGAUGUCACUGUGCCCUCUUCACUAUUCAAGUGUCUACGAGGCAGACUAAACGACAAGGCUGGUGGAAUGACGGGAACUUCCAAGAAGUGA